CUCGACGACUCAUCGUCCUUUCUUCUCCCUUUCCGUCGAUUUAUCAUCGCAUCUCGAUAUCUGAAGCUGCCGAGGUGAAAGAGCGCACGCGUGCGACUGCUGGGCGACUUGCGAUCGGGUGGGGCGUUGCCUGUCACGGUCGCCGAUAAGGAGCGAGACUGCAUCCAUCGCCAAAUCGUCGCCAGCGUACAGAGGGCCAGCGACGCCGUCAGACAGGCGAUUUCCGGGUGCUGAUACCCUCAUACUCUUAUAAAAACAUAGAACAAAGCCAUGGCCCAUCUUUCACCCAUCGAGGAACAGGCGGGCCCAAGCGGGCAGCGAUGCGUCAGCAUGCCGAACGUGCUGCCAGGCUCGAGUCCUCACCAUCGCCGCUAUGACGAAACCACCGAGUCAUGGGUAGAGGUUGCGUCACAGCCGUCGUCUUCGUCGCUCUCCAGUAUCGGCGAUGAAAUAGUGACGACUGGCCUGCGAGUUGGGAGCUCUUACAACCGUCGCCGGCGAGUGCAGGCUCCCGCCAGAUCCGUGCCGCGUGUGCAGACCACCAUUCCUGUUACGGGAACGAGCAGCCAGGAUGAAUAUGAUGAAAGCGACAGCGAAGAAGAUCACGUUCUCUCCAGCUCGACGGAGAAUAUGCAGCCGUCGCCAGAGGAGGACAUGGAGGAUACCGAUGGGGAGUCGGACGGUGAUGAGGGCACCGCUCUGGGGCGAGCCCACAACCAACCUGCCUUCCGGCCGCAGCCAAAUGCCUUCUCGCAUCCUCCGUUGCAUCAUAGAAGCUACUCGUCAAAUGCAGCCAUGUCAUCGCAUCCCCACGGCGAAUUCACACGUCCCUCUUUCUCUCAACGCUCGCAAACGAGAGUUCAGCGGGGGCCCAGCUUCAUGUCACCAUCGGUUCGGGAAGACAACGAUGCUGCCCUCCGUGCGUCUCUGACCACCCUUCUGUCGUGUGCCGCUGCAGCUAGAGGUCUGCCUAAGAGUAAGGAGGAAGCUGAGGCGCAGCGAGCGGCGCAAACGGGAGUUGGUCCCAGCAGCCAGCCUAUGGAGCUCCGCUUUGUACCCGAGACCGAGCUCGAGGAGGGAUCUGAGAAGCCUCAGUUGGCGGGAGCGGUUCCAACCCCUGCCAAAAGCCAACAGUCUCCUUCUCCUCUCAGGUCAUCCUCGCGGACUCCCUCACCCUCCGAGAAGGCCAAGCGGGCUGUAUCAACAGCCCGAAACCCUCGAGCGACGAAGAAGAAGAAGACGGCAACGACGGCUGUCGUUGCAGAGGAGGCCCUCAUUUCUCCAACGCUGCUGACCUGGGUUGUCAGUGCCGGAGUCGUCGUGCUCGUAUCCGUAGUUGGCUUUGGAGCUGGCUAUGUUAUUGGACGUGAAGUAGGCCGCCAGGAGGGCUUGGCGGCCGGUGUGAGCAGCGUCAACGAUACUGCGUCUUCUGGCCGUGAUGUCAUCCGCUCUUCCGGCGGAGGUCUGCGGCGGUUCAGAUGGGGCGCCGUGGGAAGGAGCAUUGUCGCUCAGGCGUAACUGCGCUGAUCGCUCUUGUUGCCCUUGCUCGUUUUCGGUGAUUGAGAGUUGCAGAGAUACCUCGAAGUUUGACCCCGGAUAUGCCUGCAUACCUACAGAUACCACAUACACGAUGCUAUUAUUCAGCAGUUGAUUUCUCUUUCUCAUUAGCACAGGAUGGCGGAUGGGGUACUGGCGUUUGACAUUGGACCUACUCCGGACAUGACUUGGUUCACAGUUUGCGGAUGGAAGACACCAGGGGCCGGCAGCGUUUGCUUUGUUCUGAACUGCCUGGAUUUUCUUGUUGCAUGACACGUUCACUGUCUUUUCUUGCUGCGGCGGUUACUUCCGCACGUAUGCGGUUCAUGUAUCUGGAUCUAACGGAUGAUGAGAUGCUACCUAGUAUAAGCUGAUAUUGAAUCUACACUUUUGGGCACUCGCUAUUGCGACGA